AUGCGUUUCACUGCUGCUUCCAUCGUCGCUUUCGCUGCUGGUGCUCUCGCCUCGGCCAGCUCCAGUGCCCCCGUCAUUACGGAGGUUAUCACUUCCUACGAGACUUACUGCCCUGAGGCUACCACCUUUGUUGCUGGUAGCUCGACUGUGCACGUUACUGCUCCUGGUACCAUCACUCUCACCGGCUCUUACACCGUGACUCGUCCUCUGUUAUCUUCCACCGUCACCAUCUGCAACUCCUGCAGCGCUGGUCCUACCGCCCCGGUCCCCGGCCCCGUCGGCACCGGCUCCCCCAAGCCCUGGUCCAGCAGCCCCGUCGUCCCUGGUGCCCCCGGAACGACCUCCACCACCGGCGUCACGCCCGCCUUCACUGGCGGCGCUUCCCACGUUGCUGCGGGUGCGGGUGCAGGUCUCGCCGCUGUUUUCGGUGCUGCUGCUUUCUUGCUUUAA